AGGUUUGACAGUAAAACUUGACUUCAGCUCCUCAGAUACUCGGAAUGUUAUCUGUACCCAAGAAACUUCCAAGUCGUACACGCGAAGUUUAUUUUCCAGUGUGUCACCUACGGAGCGGAUAUUUAUCAUCGAAAUUGACCGGGCGGUGAUUCAGGACUGAAAGCGGGUUUAAUUGGCCUUAUUAGAAGAUUGACAAAACUACACAAUGCAUAUGCUAGCCUCAAACGGAUCCGUAAUGGACCUGGAGUCGGAGUCGGUGAAAGUUAAAGCUCACUACUGCGGAGACAUGUUGAUCACAGACCUGGCUCCCACUUUAACUUUCGUGGAGGUUUGUGAGGAGGUGAGAGCAAUGUGCAGCCUGACCAGACAGCAGCCCAUCACACUCAAGUGGAUUGAUGAUGAAGGAGACCCUUGUACCAUCUCAUCUCCGCUGGAGCUAGAGGAAGCAUUUCGUAUUUACAAUCGAAGCAAAAGAUCCGGGCUGCUGUUGCAUGUCUUUCCAAGUAUUCCGGAGCGACCUGGAAUGCCGUGCCCUGGAGAGGACAAAUCGAUCUAUCGUCAAGGAGCCAGACGAUGGAGGAAACUCUACCAGGUCAAAGGGCACCUCUUCCAGGCCAAGCGCUUUAACAAGGCAACCUACUGUGGCCUCUGCAGUGAAAGGAUAUGGGGGCUUGGCGGGCAAGGCUACAAGUGUAUCAACUGCAAACUGCUGGUCCAUAAGCGCUGCCACAGACUCAUCCGUCAGACCUGCCAAAGGCUUAUGGAUCCAGCUAUGCCAUCUCAAGAGCCCCCUUCAGAAGCAAAGAAUGAAGAGGUGGACCUUCCACUAGAUGACACAGAGGACGGAGGUGGAAGAUUAUAUUUACCACACAACUGUACAGAGGACAAAAUAGAAGAGACAGAUGUGGAGGAUAUAAAAUCAGUGGUUGAUGGAAUCGAUGGUAUCAAGCUGUCUCAAGGCCUUGUUCUGGGGUUGGGAGACUUCGAAUUGAUCCGAGUUAUUGGGCGCGGCAGUUAUGCCAAGGUGCUGCUGGUCCGCUUAAAGAAGAAUGAUGAGGUUUAUGCCAUGAAGGUGGUGAAGAAGGAGCUGGUUCAUGAUGAUGAGGAUAUUGACUGGGUGCAGACAGAGAAGCACGUGUUUGAGCAAGCCUCCACAAAUCCAUUCUUAGUGGGCCUCCACUCCUGUUUCCAGACAGAAAGUCGGUUAUUUCUUGUGAUUGAAUAUGUGAAUGGUGGGGACUUGAUGUUUCAUAUGCAACGACAAAGAAAGCUCCCUGAAGAACAUGCAAGAUUUUAUGCUGCUGAAAUCUGCAUUGCUCUAAACUUCCUGCAUGAGAAAGGCAUCAUUUACCGAGACUUGAAGCUGGACAAUGUUCUUUUGGACCAUGACGGACACAUCAAGCUCACAGACUAUGGCAUGUGUAAGGAGGGAAUCAGACCAGGUGACACAACCAGUACAUUCUGCGGAACACCAAACUACAUUGCACCAGAAAUUCUCAGAGGAGAAGAUUAUGGCUUCAGUGUAGACUGGUGGGCCCUCGGCGUACUAAUGUUUGAGAUGAUGGCUGGGCGGUCCCCGUUUGACAUCAUCACCGACAAUCCUGACAUGAACACUGAGGAAUACCUCUUUCAAGUUAUUCUUGAGAAGCCUAUUCGCAUCCCAAGGUCUUUGUCGGUGAAAGCAGCCAGCGUGCUCAAAGGUUUUCUGAACAAGGAUCCUAAGGAGCGGCUGGGUUGCCAGGUCCAGACAGGUUUCACAGAUAUCAAGUCCCACACAUUUUUCCGCAGUAUAGACUGGGAGCAGCUAGAGAAGAAGGAGAUGACGCCGCCCUUCAAACCUCAAAUCUCGGAUGACUACGGCCUUGAAAAUUUUGACACACAAUUUACGAAUGAGCCCGUACAACUCACACCGGAUGAUGAGAGCGUCAUCAAAAGAAUAGACCAGUCAGAGUUUGAGGGGUUCGAAUACAUCAACCCACUGCUGCUUUCCACUGAAGAGUCUGUAUGAAGGAGGCAAGCCCCAGAAUGUCCAAUGUGGUGUCCAAUUCUUCGAGAGCUGGCUCGUUCCUCGCCUGACACCCUUUUAUUCCGUCACACAUUUCUGGAUGAACCACAGCUUCUGUGAAGGACUUGAACAUUUUACAUCAACUUUCUUGGUAAUUUGUCUGUUUUUUUGUUUUUUUUAAUCUCAAUUAGAGGGAGCGGGCGGGGCAAGGGACUGGUUUAAAAUAAGAAUGUAAAAUGAUGAAUGAAAGUUUAAGUUAUUAUGUACGAUCAAGUAGGUGUUCAAUCCAAAUUUGACAAUGCCUUUUUUGUUGAGGCAAGUGGCCCCGUUUCAUCCAUAGCAACUCAAUAAUUUUUCUUGAAUUUAUUUGAAAAAAAAAAUUAAGAAGUGCCUCACACAUCAAGCAAAUUCCUGUGUUUGCUUGCACUUAUCUCCCUUUGCCCACUUCAAGUUGUCAGAAUACAGUAGUCUAUACUGUGCUGGGCUCUUUUUAGAGCCCAGCAAAAUGAGGAAUUGUUUUAUUUUAGAAUCAAUGAAUUCCGAAGCACAGGCGCAGCGUUGCCAAAUCCCACGCUGGAAAUAACUUCAAAAUGUGAGCCACCAGUAGUGGUUAGUAAAUGGCUUGUGAGAAGUUUUCCUAGUUUGCACAUUUCAUCGUAGGGGUAAAGUGAGUGUGAGAUUUGACAAGCAAAUCUGAGUUGAUGUCACAAGCAAAAGGUUGCAUCGUUUUAGACCAGUGGUUCUCAACUGUUGUCCCUCCGGGACCCGCAUUGACCUAUUGUUGCAAAGUCACGAUCGGCUUUUAGCGAAGUUGAGAAAAAUAAAGAAAAUGUUUUAAAAUACCCACUGAAAACAUCAUUUUUCAAAUUUGUAUUUUAUUGUUUGUUUGUUUUUUAAUUUGUAAAAAAGGGCACUUCUGAGCACUCCAAGGAGCAUCAACAUGUGAACUGCGGCUAUAAAAAUGAAUAAGGUAAAAUGAAAGAUCAAAAUUUCAUUUGGCUCAGCACUUUUUUUCCCAGGUGUGACAUGAAUAAUUUGACCUUUACUCAGUGCAACAGUAACAGUUUGAUCAGUUGUAACAAUUGUACUAAACACAGGCCUCAUAUGUAAUUGCUUGGGCUCCAUCUGACAAGCCCUGAAAUGGUUGUUUAAAUGCCGCCGAAGGUUGUUAGUAUCACAUUCGUUUUAUUUUUUUAUUUGCUGCAGUGAUAUUCACAAAUGAAAUCAAAUGAGUUUGAAAUCACCAGCUUUGGUGGCUGUUAGCCGGAGGUUGAGUCGCAUUGUGUUUGUUUACAGAGUAAACUAGCAGCUUAUGUAAUAUGUUCCAUGUGGGUCCAGGGAAGCUUUUGUACCGUGUUGAAAAAUCUGAUUAUGAAUGAGUACAUGUCCUGGUGGACCCCCAAUAAGAAUUUUUCAAAUGCGCGCCUUUCAAAAUAAAGGACAAGUAGAAGGUACCGAAGUAACUAAUCAAAGCAAACACAGUAGUGAAUAUUUUGAUGAAAAAUACUUCUGGACCACAAACAUAAACUAUUCAAAUGAAAAAUUGUCAUUUAGGUACCAAGCGAGUGUGCCGCGGGAUGACGUAUUCAUACGCCACUGCACAAACUAUUUCAGUGUGCGUCAUUCGACAUUGUCCUAAACCAAAGACCCCGUUGUUUUUUUUCUUCUUGCCUGCAAGCCAACCACGAUUGGUCCACGACCCACCAGUUAAGAAUCACUUCUGUAGACUGCAAAGCAUGGUACACACCUACUGACAAUCUGUCUUCAUUAGAAUUUUUUUUCUCCUGUCUCCUUGAUCUAAGUCGGCAAAGACCCACAUGUCUCAAAAAGAUUCUCCUGCUAGAUAAUCCUGUGGUGUGGGGUGUAUUCAGUGAUAUAAAUCUAUUUUUCCCCAAAUCAAUCUGCUCAGAAACUGAUUGGUGCUGACAGUCAGACGUUACACCUGUUCAAGAAUUUCAAUCUCAAAUUGUCCCAUGUGGUGAAGUAGCCAAUUGGAAAGUGGCCUAAAAGUUGCUCAUAAAAAGAAGCAACUGAUUAUGAGUGUUUAUAGAACCAACCCAAGUCCUUCACUGAAAUAACAUGACAAGCUGGCAACAGCAACGUCGUUUUUCAGAUAAGCUAAUAGUUAGCCUAGCAUCUUCUUCUACUCUUGUACUACCUUUUUGUGGCACCAUGCUGCUUUUUACAGGUCAGUCUUGGGACUACUUUUUUAUGCGCAAAUGUCGAUUGAUUUUAUUUUUUAUUUUUUGGGGUGUUAUGCUGUGCUGCUAGUCAUCUCAAGUACACCACACACUAUCAGUUCCGUUAUAAAUCAGUAUGUGUGUACCUCUGUUUGCUUGUGGCAACCUCCAUUUUAUUGAGUGACCAAAUCACUCAGUGGCACAAAUAUGCAAAAGGUCAUUUGUGUGUACAAGAAUAUAGUUUAGUGACAAUGUUUCAAAUGUUCACUGCUGUGUCCUUGUGCUUGUUAUGUAUAUAAUUAGCACAUAUUGGUUUGUGGUUUCAGGGCCCAUCAAAACAAAUUAGCACGCUUACUUAAAUGGAAUAAAGCAUUCUUUCUUAAUCACCAUUUUUUUAAAAUAUGGGCAUAUUUCCUCCUCUAUUGAUAUUCACCGUUCAAUAAUGUACAUUGGAGCCCAUAAGGUUAAACACAAUCUAUUCUGGGACGCUUGUCAUUGUAUUUGAAUUUCUAGACAAUAGUUCACAUGAUGGAUAUUGAAAUAAUUUAUUCCAUGCCAGCAAGCUCAAAAAUUGUACAGUAACAUUUUACCAUGACUUUGAGAAAACGCAGAAUCAUUCAAACACUUUAGCCUUCUUCAUAAGAAUGAAGACUUCCUGCUAAGGAGAUUAACUGUCAUGCAAGUGUAAAUAUUUUCACUGUUGUUUACAAUAAACUCGUACAUUGAGCAAUUAGUGAUGAUGUAGGUAAUUCAUAUGAUGUUCUCCCCAUGUUGAAGGGGGGCCCUCUUUUGGAAUCAGUGCAAAUAUAUACAAUUCAGUGGCAGAUAAAUUAUUCAUCCGCAAGUUGGGAAGUACAGCUCCUGGUAUUCACAAGUGAAUUAGUGACAUUGAUAUCUAGGAAUUUUAUUCUGACUAGUCAUGUUUCCUGUUCAAGGUAACUUUAAUUCACUUCAAGCAACUACAUGUUCCUUUUUAGAUGUAUAACACUAAGGUCUUUGGCUUGGCUGAAUGACAUUGUGCAUAGGUGUAACUGGAAUUAUGACUAGUCCAAAUCAAAUUGUAGAUGCCCCAAACUGGCAUGAUGGAUCUUGGCAAAAAUGACGACGACAUUUGUCCCAACAAAAUGGUCUUUCAGAUAUGUCAUUUUGACCAAUCACAAUUGCGUUACAUGUGUCCCGAAUAAAAUUCCAACGAUUCAAAAUGUG